AUGAAUCCGAUCAUAUACGUGCUUGGGUCUUCGAAUAUGGAUUUGAUCGUCCGAACUCCACGGAUCCCAAAAGCAGGCGAAACAAUCAUUGGAACGCAAUUUCGUACAAGAUGUGGAGGUAAAGGAGCAAACCAAGCGGUAGCUGUGGCGAAACUGUGUAGUGACAAGAAUGAGAUGCGCUUUGUGAGUGUUAUCGGGGACGACAGCAAUGGUGAAGUGAUCAAGAAGCAUCUCCAAAGUUUUGGAAUGAACUUGGAGAAUGUGAUCGUGGAACAGAACGCCACCACUGGAGUCGCUACGAUUUGUGUUGAUGAUAGAGGCGAAAACUCAAUCGUGGUCAUUGCAGGCGCGAAUAAUCUAUUUACAACCGAAAAGGUAUGUUAUCUCUCUUGUUGUUUGAGCCCCAGUUCAACUCUAUUUCGAUAG